AUGGAGAACAAGAACGGUGCACGUGUCACAGCCGUGGAGUUGCAGAAGGACCCAGUGGUGCACGAUGACGUGUGGACGAGCAUGAAGGCGGUGACGAACGCCAAACACUUUGCCACCGUGUUCCGCCUGACGGAGGACGAGUCGGAGAUCGUGCCGGAGACCAGCAUCGACUGGGAGGAGAACAAUGGUGAUGGUGGACUGUGGGCAAAGCUGCUGGCUCACUUUGUCGGGCUGAAUCAGGACAUCCGCUGGGCUAUCGUCAACCUACCGUACACGACAACUAACGGCGGAAAGCGCAACAAGGUCAUCUUUGCUACGUGGGUUCCGGACACUCUGACACGUAGGACCAUGCGCGAGUCCGUACGCGUCAAGUUCAACGGAGUGCAGCUGGCAGGAGGCAUGCGUAAGCAGGCGUCCAUUGACGGAGUGUCCAUGUAUCAAGCUAACGACAUGGAUGACCUAGCCCUGGCUGAGGUGUUGGCCAAGGUGUCGCGCUUUGAGCGAGACGGCAUUGAUAUGGAGAGCUUGGCGAUGCUGCACUAG